ACACCCGAUCAACGCAAGUAAAAAGACAAGAGAAGACAAAUCUACGCACAGAUAACUAGAUAAGUGACGGCAUUUUUCUAUGGCCUGUCAUAACUUCAUCCAUGCUAGUCCCAAUGCGUUUGCUUAUCUUGGUCGAUUAAUAUGUCAAGAUACUCGGUCUACCUUCGAGUAUCUCAGCUUACGGUGAUGAAGAGACGACGGCGUUGUUCGUUUCCAGAAAUCCCUUCAGCAACCGCGAUUUGUUACCGGAGACUGAGAAGGGGACUGUGCGCCAGCCAACUUCCACCUCGCAUGUCCGAUCACCAUGACCAUUUCGUUAAUAACAAUGUAGAUCGGAGAGUGAGAUGUUGCUUGGGAAGGCUUUUGCAUGAGACUUUAGCGUUUGAUCCAGAUGGGCCAGGAAUCCCGCCUACUUGUCCUUAUCUUUGGUAUACCGGUAGAUGCGAGUUCACUGGGAUGUUCACAUCAGCGGGCGGGGGUUCCAGUCAGCCUCCAUCGGGGUCCGUGCAGAAUUUCAAGGGAACAACAACAACAGGGAUGCCCAAUACUGUUGCGCGGAUUGCUUUGAGCGACCCGGAGAUAUCAUACUGACAAUGUUUAACAGUAAGCCAGCGAUGGCAUUUCUGCCACGAUGGAUACGACUUACGUGGAGACACAU